AAUAAUUUAAAAUGAUUUGCAGGCCAUAUUUCAAAAGAAAUAUAAUUUUUCGUAUUAUAUUUUUACUACUUAUUUCUUUAGUAAUUAUGUACAAUUUGAAUUUUCAUGGUGAUGUUGACCAAUUCUUAAAUUUAUCACAAAAACAUUUAAUUUCUUGUUACUUUGAAGAAAAACAAAAUAAUUCUUUACUUGAAUUAAAUCCUGCAGAAGUACCAAAAAAUAGUAUAUUUUUUAUUGAAACAUCGUGUAACCAUAAAAACGGAAUUAAUUUAAAUUUAAGACAAGGCUGUGCUAUAGAAUCUACAGCAAGUUUAAAUCCUAAUUUAAAUAUAUUUGUUUUAUUUGUUGCUCCUAGUUUCAUAAGUGAUGAAUCUGAUGUUGUUAAUAGACUUAAAAUGUUUUCAAAUAUUAAGUUUAGAUAUAUAAAUUUUGUAAAAUAUUCACAUAAUACUCCAUUACAAGACUUUGUGACCUCAAACACCAUAUCUACAAGUCAAUGGCCAGUUUCUCAUGCAAGUGAUUUAUUGAGAUUUUUAACACUAUGGAAAUUUGGAGGGACUUAUUUGGAUCUAGAUGUAGUUCUAAUGAAAUCUUUCUCAGGCCUAACAAAUUUUGUAAGUAUUGAAUCAAGCUCAACUAUUGCUUCACUUGUAUUGAAUUUUGAUGUUGAUACAAUUGGAAGAACAGUUUCAAAUACUUCGAUCAAAGAUUUUUCUUCUAAUUAUCGUGCAAAUGACUGGGGGUAUAAUGGCCCUGGUGUUAUAACCAGAACACUUAAAAAAAUCUGUGAAACAAAUCGAAUAACUGAUAUGAACAAACAAAAGUGUAAAGGAUUCAUGGUGUUUGGAACAGAAGCAUUUUGUCCCAUAAGUUGGACUGAUUGGAAGAUGUAUUUUAAUACAAACACUAGUCAUGAAGUAAUGGUUAAACUUAAAGACAGCAUUGGUAUUCAUGUAUGGAAUUUACAUAGUAAGCACACACCUAUUAACAAAGGUUCAAAACAGCCAUAUGGUUUAGUUGCAGAAAAAUAUUGUCCAACUAUUUUUUCUACGGCAAAGUCUGUAUUUUAAUUAAUUUUAUAAGUAAACAAAAACGAAUCCUGAAUAUUUGUAUUUUAAUUAAGACUUAAAGAAUUAAAGUUCCCAUCAACAUAAUAACUUUGUUGCUUAUUGUAAUGCUGUUAAAGCUAUUAAUAUAAAUUGAAUGUAAUCUCUUGAUUCAGCAAA